UUAUUUGUCAUUAUGGUUGCAUUAUACAUUGUAUUCAUACAUCGUACCGAUUCAAUUGUUUACAAAAUUUUUGAUGAUUUUAUCGUCAUAAAUUCACAACAAAUACAACAAUGUUAUCAUCCAAUGGCUAUAAUUGAAAAUAAAUUACAAUGUUUAUAUAGACAGAAUUUACAGCAAAAAUAUUCAUCAUCAUCAUCAUCAUCAUCAUUAUGUCCACCAUUCAAAUCAAUCAUUGAAUGGUAUUAUUGGCAAAAAACUCGUAUACAAUUCUAUAUUGAAUUACGACAUUUGAAUCUGAAAAAAGUGGCUACAUUUGAAUUGAAAAAUUUAUCACAUUUAACCGUCCGUACAAGAUCAAUGAUAGCAUUAACGUUGACCGGAAUGGAUCAUUUUAAUUAUGUGGCACAUAUUCUAACUUUCAUCUUCCUUUUACCGAUAUUAUAUUUCUAUUAUUUCAAUACAAUCAUACAUUUAGAUCAUUGGUAUCAAAAAUUAAUCUCUUGGAUAGAUUUACCGACAGUAAUUUUUAUGUUUUUCAUAACGGAACGAUUAUUUUUGAUUGGCAUUACAUUUAUCGCCAUCAAUGCUAUAUCAUCGAAAAUUCAAUUGGAACCAAUUGAACGUUUUCUAUUCAAAAUGGCAAAUGAAAAACAUUAUAUGAUCAUUAGAAAAUGUCAAUUAAAUCAUGCAGUUGAUUGGCGUUUGGCAAAAAUUUUAAAACUACAUACAUUACAUUGUCGUAAUAAUAUGAUUAUUUUUCGUAAAUUUUGGGGCCGACUAGUAUUAUUGUGGAUUGCAUUCGGCAUACCAUUGACAGCAUCGAUUCUGUUCAUAUUGAUUAUUAAAAAUCCAACAUGGAUUGAACAAUUUUGUUUCACAGCCAUAUUGAUCGUUCAUUCGGCUGUCAUAAUUCAGGCACAUCUGAUUCUGGCCAGACAAACAAAUCAAUUACAUAGACCAAAAUAUCAUCUUACACGAAUUAUUCCAAAUAUUACGUGCAUAAAAUUGAAAAUUCGUUAUGAUGAUUGGCACCAUCGUUUGGUAUGUGGUAAUCAACAAAAAUAUGGUUCAACCAUACCCAUUAUUGGUACUAUUACACGUCAAUUAGUUUUUGAGAUGAUCACCAUCUAUGUUGGAUUCCUGUUGUUUUUAUUUCAAUAUCUUCGUGACAUCUAUCAAUGAUUAUUAUUAUUAUUUGUGGCCGGAAAAAAAUUUUCGAUUAACAAAUAUAUAUUCAAUUUAAUUCGAAAAAUAAAUUCAAUCAAUCAAUUGAUUUAAGAGAGAGUGAGAAAAUAAAAGUACAAAUGCAUUCAUGGUGAGACAAUAAUAAA